UCGCCCCCCAGCGUCCAAUUUGUGCGCACGUAAGCCGCUCACGUGCGAACAAAGGUCCUCUCCUUUGUCCAAACCCUCGCCCGCCUCUCGCACUCCCUCGUCGUAGAACCCCUCACUCUCGUUGUCCAUUCCCCCUCUCAAAUCCCCUUCCUCGCUCUCUUCUUCCCGCUCUCUCACAAAACCCUAACCCUAACCCUGGAUCAAACGAACCGAUCAUGGCGACUUCGAGAGACAUCCAAGAGGUCAUCGCCAAGCUCUCAUCCGACAGAGCCAAACCCCGCGAGGAAGGGAUAAAGCUGCUGAAUACCUGGCUUGAAGGCGAACGAUCGAUCGGAUUCUGCAGGCUGCUAGCGAAGAACACAGCAAGAAUCAAACCGGACGAGAUUCCUCACGCUGAAACAUGGCCUUUUCUUAUUACAUUGCUGAUGAAAUGCGUGGAGUUGGAGAUAUCUGGAAGUAAAAAGCGGCCGCCGAAAUUGUUGAUUGCGAAGACUCUCAGAACUGCUAUUCAGUGCGCGGAGGAUCCAAAGUUUGGAGGGAAGCUGCUGCUACUCUCUGUUGUUAAACAACUCUUCAAUCAUAUUUGGGAUGUUAUCAAGGAUGUGCCUAACUUCCAUUCAGAGUAUAGCAGUGUCCUUCGACUUCUUCUUGCUGUUAAAGAGUACCGCUAUCAGAUGAGGAAGCGAGUUUAUUGCUGUCUUGUAGUUCUAUACAUGAAGAAAGUGGUCAUGUCCAUUAGCAUCAAAACAAAUACUCAAUUUAGCUCCAAAGAGGAGCUUUUUCGACACAUCCUUACAUUCCAUGUUCUUUUGGAGAAUCCACCUGGAGAUUUUCCCAGUAAUAUCAUGGAUGACAUUGUCGGAGGCUUCAUAGAGAUAUUUUCAAAUAUAAGGGACGAGGGCAAGAUUUCACGCAAGCUUAUGGACUGCAUCAACACUUACUUGAUUAAAGAUGGCCCAAACCUUGGAUGCCAAGCAUUUGAAAUCCAUUCUUCUAUACAGGAGUUUAUGAUGCGUUGCUGGUUGACGACUCAUGAUCGUGGGUUAAAGAAUUCAUUCAUCAUUUAUGCGAGAAUACAACUAAAGCUUAACAGAAGCUUGCCAGAAGGAAGUCUACUAAUCGAACAGUUUCUCGAUGUUGUUGCUAAGGAACUAGACCAAGGCAGUGUUGCUGGAACUUGCACCCUCUGGAAUGACACCUCAAGGGAUGAGAAGGUUGGAUCCUUUGGAAGCACCCAGAAAGGUUUAAUGGAGCUUGCAGCUGCAGUUUUUUAUCAGGCUUGCACAAAUGGGUCAAAGAAAUUAUUAAACGAGAAGCGAUUGAAGAUGGAAGAUGCGACUGUACGUCUAAAAGAUGCACUUAUGAAGGGGUCUUGGUUAUGGAAUGGUGCUUUCAGUUUUCUUAUUCGGAACUAUGGCAAUUGUAUGAACAAGUCUCUGCUAAUUGAUUGGUUUGAGGUUGCUUGCCAAAGUUUACAGAGGAUCUUGAACAAUUCAGUUACCUCAAAUUCAUAUGAGGCACUUCUGUGGCUUUUGCGGGCCUUGCAGGAACUGUCUCCCAUUCUUGUACUUCCAAAUUUGAAGGAGUCUUCAAAAGACCAAUUGUUGACUUCCGACGAGGCUGUACAGAUCAGAAAUAAUUGGAAUGUCGUUUCGACUAGUCUGAUGCAUUCCUUACCUACUUUUAGCAACGCUACUCCUGUUGUUGAUGCUGCAUUAGUACUUCUUGGCAAUAUGAUAGUACGAGAGCAAGCAGGUGCAGCUGCUGCGCCGCAAGACAUGUGGGACCUGAUGAUUUUUAAACAAAAGCCGUCUCGGUCUGCUCUGUACUUCAUUUCUUGUUAUUUCUCAAGGAAAAGUGUCCAGGGUGAUCUACGGGAUGCUUUGCACAUUAGAAGAAGUCUAUUGAGAGUGACUAUGGAAUUAGUCAAUUUUGAGGAACCUAUCUGUCUCAGUGAAGAUGAUGUGACACUCAUUCCUGCAGCUGUUUUUUCACUUUGUGCUGGUUCUGUUGCAAAUUUGCCUAAUUCAGGAGGGAUGACAUACUUGUCCGAGGAAAAUAAAGAAAAGGUUGUGUUCUUGGCGGAGGGUGAUGACCAGAAAUUUCUCGCUGAAGUAAUUGAAUGUUCUGUGGAAGCCUUGUCAGCAAUGGAAAAUGGUUCCAUUGAGGUGAAAUUGGAGCAACAUCAUGGCAUACGUCUUCCCCAGCAAGUAAAGCAACCAUUAAUCCAUGAAAUGGAAGAUUACAUUGCCACUCUUGUAGCUUCAGAAGAAUGCGUCAAGAAGCUAAUGUUGGCUGAUCUUGUCAACUUCUGUUCUCUUUUAUGUAAUUGGAUCUAUAUUUCAAUAUUUGUAAGGCUAAAUGAAAUGAAACCAGCAUGCAUGACAAAGAUGCAUGAUUUUGUCUCAAAGUUGCUGGAUCUUAUUGCUUGCAAGGUUGAGGAGAAAUGUAAUGAAAUUAAGGACUGUGCUUUUGUUGGUUUAAGCUCCGUAUUUGAUGCAUCUGGAGCAAGUGUCUCUGCUUUUCAGUGUCUUCUUUCCUGUCCCCUCUUUAGUCUUCCCAAGGAAAGUACUUCAAAUUAUGAAUUACUUGAAGUAGUCAUCCGUUCUACUGAAAAUAUACUGGCGGCUCUAACUAAACUGUAUGCUGUAGUUUCCAGUUAUGCAAGUGCCAGUAAUUCUGAGAUCAGAGCACAUGGAAUUUCUCCAUCUUCUUUUACUUAUCUUCCAGGGUUUAGUCCCAUGGAUGAAUCUGGAGCACAGAUUGUUGAUAUGGACUUGGACAUCGAUGAUGGUUCAAAAAAUGCUGAGUCUUUUGGUGCUGGCGGGAGCAAUAAAGUGGUUUCUUUCUCUCCUUCACAGUGGAAACUGAAACUGGUCUCAAUAAUUUCGGCCUUUUUCUCACUAUCACCUCCUCUUACUUGGCAAACCUUGUUUGAUAUGAUAGAAAAAGAGAAUGAUGAUAAGGUUUCUGAAAAUAUUCUCUAUAAUCUCUGCAAAUAUUUUCACGGUUCUGCUGGAUCAUUUUCGUCACUGGUCAGUUUGGUUAUCAACAUAAUGGGGACAAAUGUGGGCGUGAAACUAUACAGUGUCAAUAUAUUAUCCGCUAUACAUGCUUUGCUUGCGACCUUACUGUCAAUAUCUUCUAGGAGCAAGCUUGUUGAUGACGUGCAAUAUUCACGGAUAACAGUUCCUGAAGAGAAUCUAUCUUCUCUUGCAGGCUUGGUAAAUGAAGUUGCAGAGACUGGUCUACCUGAUUGGUUUGCUCGUAUUACACUAAUUGACUGCAUCUGCAAUUUUGUGUUGCUUGAACCUCAUGUUGCACAGGUUAUGAUUGGAAGACUUCUAGCACUGCUUCAAGACACUGAUUAUCGGGUUAGACUCUUUCUUGCAAAAAAAGUGGGCAUUCUUUUCCAAACAUGGGAUGGUCAUGAUGAACUGUUUCAUGACAUUUGUUCAAAUUUUGGCUUUUACAUGGUGAGAACUUCAAAAGAGAAGCUGAUUAAAGCUAAAGAUGUCUUAACUUGUGGUCCGCCCUCUAUGCUUGUUAUGGAAACUGCUCUUAUAACCCUUGCACAUCUUGCGUUGUACAGUGAAGAAAUCGAAAAUGAGGCUGUCUUCAUGAUUUGUGUAGUUGCUGCUAUAGACCCCUCUCAAAGGAAACUGACGUAUGCACUUCUGGAUAAUUUAUCGCAACAACUCAAGUAUCCUUCUCGUACUAAGUAUCUAGAUGAAUUAAUCGGAUCAAUCAUUGCUCGCUGGGUAGCUUGUGAAGUAAGCUUGUUGGCACUGACUGAGGUGCAAGAUCUUUUUGUUAAUUUAUCAGAGCCAAAACUCUUCAUGCUGUAUUGCUGCCCUUGGUUGCUCCCACCUCUUAUUUUGAAAAGGGAUUUUUCCAGUCUUAAUUGGGUAUCUAAGGUAAAUUGUUUUUCAUUUCCUGAGCUUGAGAGAGAUGAACUUAUAAAGAAAAAUAUGGUAUCAAUCAUCAGCUUUCUUUUGUCACUUACAUCCUCUUGUGCCGACCCAGAGAUGCCUUCUUUUACAAAAGACACUGUUGUGCUAUCAGUGCAAACCAUUGUUGAUGGCUUUUUUGAGAUGGACGAAUCUCCGAAAACUGUUGGAGUUGUUGAUAAAAUCAAUAUUUUUCGCCCCGACAGGGUUUUUAAGUUUCUGGUUGAGAUACACUAUCAAAUUACAAUUGCUAUUCAUCCUCGGCACAAAUGUCAUCGGUUGUCUGCCAUUGAAGCUCUUAUCCAAAUUAUUGGGCAUAGAGCUACUGUUUCCAGUACUUCCAAUUACAUUUUCAAUAUAUUGGGGCAACUCAUUGAUAAGCAGUCGUUACAAGAUCAAUGCUGUCGUAUCCUCUCUACACUUCUCGAAGUAUUCAAAGUUGACUGUAAAAAGGAUGUUAUUUGUGUGCUCGGAGAACAGUUACAGUUUUUAGUUUCAAAGCUGGUUGCCUGUUGCAUUCCUUCUGUAAACAAGGGUGGUAGGGGUGAAGGCCCUUCAUCAAGAGUCAUCACAUUGCUUCAUCAACUUACUGUGGAUGCGGACAUAUCUCUUAGUGAUUACAUCCGAGAGUUGGAACCAUUUCCUGAAAUUGAUUGCUUGGAGAGAAUGAGGAAAUAUCAUGAAGAACUUUGUAAAACUUACACUUCAAGGGACCGCUUUUUAAUGUUUGUCCGUAGAAGUUUGUACCUUCCAAAAGGGUUGCUUCCUUGGAGUCUGCGAGCCCUGCACAGAAAUUUGAGGGAAAUUGUUUUUCAAGAAACCUCAGUCACAAACAAGUAUGGAGAUGGUCAUUGUUGGAGUUGUGAUCCUGAAGUCGUUACUGCUGUCUGGAAUCUUGUUCAUCUGUGUAACUCAAGUGAAGCUGAUGAUAUGAGCGGCCUUCUUGCAGAUUUCAUUUCUAGGGUUGGAAUUGGGGAUCCCUAUAGGGUUGUUUUUCAUCUACCUGGAGAUUCCACAGCGAAGCAUCUGCUCCAUCCAUCUUCUGAUGGGACUUCUAAAGAGGCUGGUUUCUGUUGUGAUACUUCCGUUUCUGAAGAAGUUGUGGUUACUCUUUUAAAACUUUUGAAAAAGUUUCUGUCGGACGACUCUGCAAAAACUGUAGAUUUGACCUCACGGACAUUGAAAGGUAUUCUUUCAACUGAUAGAGGUCAAGGUGCUCUGCUUCACCUUACUUCCUUUGAGAGAUCAGUAAUUGCGGUUCACUCAAAGGGUGCUAACUUGCAAGUGGUUGAAAAGUUACUGCUGGAUUCCCCAAAUUCUGGUAACUCAAAUAUAGCCCAAGUUCCAUUCUUCUCCAGCGCACGCAUUUCUUCCCAAAUGGCUGCCUUCCAUACUGUAAUGCCUAGAGCAUCAUGUAUUGAGCUUGGAAUCUGUAUUUUGUCAAGAUUGCUCACAAAUGUCUAUCAUCAACAGAAGGGUUAUCAGGAGAAGGAUCGGGACUGGUGUUACCUGGUGAAUUUUGAGGUUCCAGAGUUGGAUUGGAUUCAUUGGUUGAGUAUGACUAAGGCACUGAGGAAUAUGACUUGGACUUUGACUGUGAGUUGGUUCCAUUGUGUUUGGUUUAGUAGGCCUAACCGAAUCCAUGGUGUCAAUGUCCCAAAGCUGAUAUUCUUUUGUGAAACUCUCCCCUUGAAUAUCAGGUUUGUAGUAGGGCUGCUGUUCGAAGAAGGUGACAUCCAUGGAGUUGUAGAAUUUUCAGGGAAAAGAAUUGGGGUAGCCUUUGUUUCUAGCAUGAAGCAUAACAGCCUUACAGCUGAGAAGAAAUAUGGCAAUGACAUUUCGUUAGAUGAUUCUUCUCUCUGGUGCACGUCAUCUAAAACGUACGAUACAUGGAUAUGCUUACUUGUUCAUUCUCUGAUUGGUUUCUGUAAUGAUAUCAUUUUAAGAUUGUGUCAAGAUAUAGUUCUAUUAAAAUCUGAGGUAGCCGAGCUUUUGUUUGCAAAUGUGCUGGUGGACUUGGCUGGAAAAAAGUUCGACUUUUGCAAGCCAAUAUCAACAAAGGUUGAGGAAAACAUCUUCUCAAAGUCCAAUAAUUUGAUUAAGUCAGUUCAACUCUUAUUAAGUGCAAUGAACAGUCUUCGUUCGUUCUAUGCCACUGAGAAAGCCCGUUCUACCCCAACAACAGCUAGGAAUGGAAAGCCCUCUAGCAGUACCAAAUCUCGUGGAACAUCUGAAAAACUAAAAGAGCGCUCAGUAAAUAGUUCUCCAUUGAGUUCUUUAUGGGAAAAGGUGUACUGGCUUUCCAUCGAUUAUCUUGUGGUUGCUGAAGCUGCAAUUCGUUGCGGGUCAUAUUUCACUGCAAUAAUGUAUGUGGAGCAUUGGUGUGAGGAGCAAUUUAAUGGGCUGACAUUAGGAUGUCCCGACUUUUCCCACAAAGAACAGCUGCCUCAGCAUAUCGAGCUACUGGUUGGAGCAGUUACGCAGAUCAAUGAGCCUGACAGCGUUUAUGGAAUUAUCCAAUCCCAUAAGUUGAAAUCUCAACUUGUUACUUGUGAGCAUGAAGGAAACUGGAGUAAAGCUCUAGAAUAUUAUGAUUUACUUGUGAGAUUUCCAGCUGUCCAACAGCCUGGUAGUUUAGCCAGCAAAACAUUAUCUACUUAUUUGCAUUUCCCGCAUGGAGAAGAAGACAAGAUGAGCAACUGGAAAUGUUACAAGGGUUUGAUGAGAUCCCUGCAGAAAACUGGCUGUACUCAUGUGCUAGAUACAUAUGGUCAUGGACUGACUAGUCAGAUUGGUUAUUUACAAAAUGAUUCAGAAUUUACUGAAUUGCAGUAUGAAGCUGCUUGGAGGGCUGGAAAUUGGGACUUCUCAUUAUUUACUUCGGGGAUUGAUUCUCAGCAUUCUAGGCAAUACAUGACUCGUUUUAAUGAAAGCUUGCAUAGUUGCUUGAGAGCUUUGCAAGAAGGAGAUGCUGGUGAGUUUUGCACAAACCUUACUGAUUCAAAGAAGGAGCUUGUUCUUUCAAUAUCUAACACAAGCAGGGAGAGUACUGAACAUAUUUAUUCUACUAUAGUUAGGCUUCAGAUGUUAGACCAUCUUGGUAUGGCUUGGGACUUACAUUGGAAGCCAGUUUUACAAACGGAAGAAAGAUCCGAUCUACAGCCUCAGAAGAAGUUUCUUGAUCCUAUUAUUCCUACAAAAGUCCAGAUGGAGUCAUUGGAUGCAGUUUGGAGCUGCAUUUUAAGACAGGCACAACUACAUAUGAAUUUGUUGGAACCUUUCAUUGCAUUCAGGCGUGUUAUGCUUCAAAUUUUAGGAUGCAAGGAAUCGAUGGCGGAACAUUUGCUGCAGUCUGCUUCCACCCUUCGCAAGGGUUCCAGGUUUUCUCUAGCAACUGCUGCUUUGCAUGAGCUUAAGCAACUCUUAUGUCAACCGGAAUUGCAGACUUCACAUGUUUAUUUCCUUGGAAGGCUUGAAGAAGCUAAAGUGUUACGAGCUCAAGGUCAGCAUGAGAUGGCUAUUAGUCUCGCAAGAUAUAUCUUAUCAAAUUAUCAGAUGAGAGAAUUAGCGUCUAGUGUAUAUCGUUUGGUUGGGAAGUGGCUAGCAGAAACUUGUUCUAGCAACUCAAGAACUAUAUUAGAGCAAUACCUUAAACAUUCUGUUGAACUUAUCGAGUCAAACAAGAGUAGAGAUAGAACAUGUAUGUCAAGACAAUGUCAAACUUACUUCCAGCUUGCACACUACACGGAUGGUUUGUUUAAAAGCUAUGAAGAAAGACUUGCGUCUAACGAAUGGCAAGCAGCUAUGCGGUUGAGGAAGCACAAGACAAAAGAGCUUGAUGCACUGAUCAGAAGACUGAAGGGUUCCACAAAGGGAGAUAAGACAGAUUACUCAAUAAAAAUACAAGAGCUACAAAAACAGCUUACCAUGGACAGAGAAGAGGCUGAAAAAUUGGAGGAUGACAGAGACAGCUUCCUCAGUCUCGCAUUGGAGGGAUACGAGCAUUGUCUUGUCAUAGGUGGCAAAUACGACCUAAGGGUGGUAUUUCGACUUGUUUCCUUAUGGUUCAGCCUCUAUACAAGACAAAGCGUGGUAAAGGCAAUGCAUAGCACAGUGAAGGAGGUUCAGUCAUACAAGUUUAUACCAUUGGUAUAUCAAAUUGCUUCAAGACUUGGUAGUUCAAAAGAUGGACAGGGAUCAAAUAGUUUCCAGCUUGCAUUAGUUUCUCUUUUGAAGAAAAUGGCCAUUGAUCAUCCAUAUCAUACUCUGUUUCAGCUUUUAGCUCUUGCAAAUGGUGAUCGCAUCAAAGAUAAGCAGAGAAGUAGAAAUUCGUUCAUUGUCGACAUGGACAAGAAACUUGCUGCAGAGAAUCUUCUGAAUGAGUUAUCAGCCCAUCAUGGUGCAAUAUUGCGGCAGAUGAAACAAAUGGUUGAGAUAUAUAUAAAGCUUGCCGAGCUAGAGACGAAAAAGGAGGAAACUAACAAAAGAAUACCACUACCAAGAGAUGUCCGCAGUCUUCGACAACUUGAACUUGUACCCGUUGUAACAGCUAAUAUUCCAGUUGAUCACAGCUGCCAAUAUAAGGAAGGUUCAUUUCCACAUUUUAGUGGAUUAGCAGAUUCUGUCAUGGUGAUGAAUGGUAUAAAUGCCCCAAAAGUGAUUGAGUGCUUUGGCUCAGAUGGUCGUAAAUAUCGCCAACUAGCUAAAUCUGGAAAUGAUGAUCUACGACAAGAUGCUGUUAUGGAACAGUUCUUUGGUUUAGUAAAUACUUUUCUUCAAAAUCAUCGAGAUACUUGGAGAAGGAAACUAGGAAUACGCACAUAUAAGGUUGUACCAUUUACCCCAAGUGCUGGCGUACUUGAAUGGGUUGAUCGUACUAUUCCACUUGGUGAAUAUCUUUUGGGAAGCUCAAGAAAUGGAGGGGCACACGCACGAUAUGGAAUUGGUGACUGGUCAUUUCUUCAAUGCCGAGAGCACAUGGCAAAUGAAAAGGACAAGCGGAAGGCAUUUCUAAGAGUUUGUGAUAACUUCAGGCCAGUAAUGCACCAUUUCUUCUUGGAGAGAUUUUUGCAACCAGCUGAUUGGUUUGAGCGCAGACUGUCCUAUACUCGAAGCGUGGCAGCUAGUUCAAUGGUUGGCUACAUUGUUGGACUUGGAGAUCGCCAUUCUAUGAACAUUCUAAUAGAUCAGGCUACAGCAGAAGUAGUACACAUUGAUCUUGGUGUUGCAUUUGAACAGGGUCUCAUGCUUAAAACACCUGAAAGGGUUCCUUUCAGGCUGACAAGAGAUGUUAUAGAUGGCAUGGGGAUUACUGGAGUGGAGGGUGUUUUUAGAAGAUGUUGCGAGGAAACUCUAUCUGUCAUGAGGACAAAUAAGGAAGCACUGCUUACUAUUAUCGAAGUCUUCAUCCAUGAUCCUCUCUACAAAUGGGCUCUUUCACCUCUAAAAGCCUUGCAGAGGCAAAAGGAAACUGAUUAUGAUACAGGCUCAAGUAUGGAGGGCUCACAAGAUGCGUACGAAGGGAACAAGGAUGCAGCACGUGCGACAUUGCGAGUCAAGCAGAAGCUAGAUGGGUAUGAAGAUGGUGAAAUGAGAAGCGUGCAAGGCCAGGUGCAGCAACUCAUACAAGAUGCGAUAGACACGGACAGGCUCUGUCAAAUGUUUCCAGGUUGGGGAGCCUGGUUGUGACAGUGAAGACAGCUAAAGUCAAAAUAAAUCAACUUUUCCCCCUUUCUUCCUUAAACCUUCAUGUUACGCCCGCUGUGAGUGAAGGUUCAUACAAAUCAAUUGACACGAAGGUUGUAAAUUUUGAAGGAUGACUUCGGUUGUGAAAGUAACAACUGACAAUUGACACGAAGGUUGUAAAAUUUGAAGGAUGACUUCGGUUGUGAAAGUAACAACUGACAACAGUCAAAACAAAUCGAAGAAGAGUUGAGCAAUCAACACAAGUAUAGGAAAAGGAAUUUUUUUGGUAAUUUUGCUAUACUAUUAUAUGCUCUUGAGGAGUUGGGCGUUAUUCCCUUUUCCUUAUUUUAUUGGAGUUCAGCUGUCGCUUUAGAUUGAUGAUGGGAAGCGGAGGUGCAUUUUGUAGUGUCUGUGUAUGACAUAUUGUAUAUCGUAUAUAUUCUUUUGUUAGUGGAAAGUCGGACUUACUAUGUAACUUGUACGAGGAAAAUGAUUUUUUUUUUGUUGAUAAUUUUGCCAUUAUUAUAUGCC